CUUGAGACGGUGGCUCCACCCUAGCGCCAUUAAUGAAAGUCGUGGGAAAUGCUCCGGAAUGGCAACUGUGUUGCCACUUUUAUCGAUCCUCCUCCUGACUAGCACGAUCGUCGUCAUUGGAACGAGUUUACCUUGGCAAUUCCUCUUCUUCUGCUGAGCAGUUGGAUGCGUUAUUCUCUAUCAUAUAAAGGUCAUGAUUUAUAUUCAGGGUCGACUUUGCUAAAUGUAGACUUUCGUGGGGUUCAUAACCCAUGGCGUUCAACGAGUUGAUACAACAUCUGAGCCAUUAAUAGGUCCUGGGAAAGGCGGUCAAUUCAAUACAUUCGUCCUCCUUAUCGAUGGACACGAGGAGCCAGCGCCUAAGGACACACUGCGGCACGCCGGAGCCCUCAUAAGACCCCAAAGAUGGACAGCCUUGCAGCACAAACCCUUGCAUCCUCACCCCCACCAUGUCUACCCCCGAAAGUUUCUCCGUCCCUUCGUCGUCGUCUAGCACAACAUCUGACGACGAUGACUACGCUAAUGGUGUUGGCCUCGCCGACAGAGAGCUUUCUCAAACACGGAGAAAGCUUCUCGAGUUAAUGAACCGUAUGAGUAAUACAGGGGCACAGAAGGAUAUAGACAUCCCUCAAAUCGCUGUCAUCGGUCAGCAGAGUGCCGGAAAAUCCUCCCUCAUCGAAUCUAUAUCUGGAAUCACCCUCCCUCGAGCGAGCGGGACGUGCACGAGAUGCCCGACAGAAUGUCGGCUCCUGUAUUCCUCGGCACCUUGGAAGUGUAAAGUCUCUCUUCGUAUGGCGGACGCUCAUGGAAAGCUUGACACCAAACCAUUUGGUGAAGUUAUCUACAACAAGAGCGAGGUUGAGGAGCGUCUGAGGAGAGCGCAGAGAGCGAUCCUCAACCCCAAGGAGCCUAUGAAGGACUUCAUAGUUGGACAAGACAAAGACCUUGUGAAAAAUGAACUUACUUUCUCCAGUGAUUGCGUAUCUCUCGAAAUCAGCGGUCCCGAUGUAGCGGACCUGUCUUUUUGCGAUUUGCCAGGGCUUAUCGCAAGUGUAAGCACCGGAGGAAAUCAGAAUGAUAUCAAACUGGUCGAGAGUCUGGUAGAGUCGUAUAUCACGAAGCCAAGCUGUGUGAUAUUGUUAACGGUGGCAUGCGAAACGGACUUUGAGAACCAGGGUGCGUAUUCCUUAGCGAAGAAGCACGACCCCAAGGGGAAAAGGACGAUAGGUGUUCUCACCAAGCCCGACCGUAUCGCUAGUGGGGAUGAGGAUCGAUGGAUUGCGUUCAUCCGAAAUGAAAGGGAGCCGCUCGAGAACAACUGGUAUUGUGUGAAGCAGCCGUCCUCUGUUGAACUCGGACAGAAAAUUACCUGGCAGCAGGCCCGGGAAAAGGAGAGGGAUUGGUUCCGCACGACUGCUCCUUGGAAGGACAUAGAUUCGUUCUACAAAAGAUACCUCCAGACGGCGAAUUUGGUUGCGCGACUUAGUUCUAUCCUAUCCGAUCUCAUUGCCAAGAGGCUCCCAGAUAUCCAGAAAGAAGUUGACGCCGCGAUUCAAGACACUUUCCAGAAGCUAAAUGCCCUGCCCAAAGCUCCAUCGUCAAACCCCUUGCAUGAAAUAUCCUCUUUGCUUCAUGCCUUCACGAUCGAUUUGGGGUCGCACAUUCAAGGAAUCCCCGACCAGGACGGGAUCAUUCAGAUGAUCCGACCUGUGCAAGAGAAGUUUCAGCGGGAGAUUCGAUCGACGGCCCCAGAUUUUCGGCCGUUUGAGCGUAAGCAUGCUGGAAAGCGCAAGCUUGUGAAGCCUGAUUUCCUUUCGAACGAUGACGGGGAAGAUAAACCAGAGGAACCGACUGAGGACGAUGGAUUCCUGCCUGAUGAUAGUAAUACUAUCUACAUUGACGAGCUAUGGACCCGGGCCCUUCACGCUCGAACAAGAGAGCUGCCCGGAAAUUUCCCCUUCAUCGUGAAAGCGUCCUUCAUCUAUACGUUCAUUGAGAAGUGGAAAAGACCUGCGAAGGUUCUGUGUCAUGCGGUUCAUCAGAUUCUCUCAGAGCGCGCAAACAGGCUCGUCAAUCAACAUUUUAGUAGCUACGGACAGGGCGCUCUGGAGCAACGCAUUGGGGUGUUCGUCCAAGAUUACCUCAAAUUGCAGCUCCAGCGCACCGAAGAAAAAGUUGAUUGGUUGUAUUCUCUCGAGGAUCUCCCGUUUACUCUCAAUACCCAUUAUCUUGCGGAUUACAACGCCAAGUUUUUCGCGCAUUAUAAAGGUGCAAGGCAGCGGGCGUCUAGCGGCGAUAUUGUUUCGAAACUCGAAGGGUUUCAAAAUGGCGUGCGAACUACGACGACGCAGUAUACGACCAACUCGAUUACCAAUGCAAUCAGCGCGCUCAGCGCCAUUGGGAUUGAGGGUGUCAAGGCGAAUGAUUUAGCGAAAUUGCUACCUCCUGAUCAGAUGGAACCCGCGCUGAGUAUCAUGGCAGAAGUUCGGGCUUAUUUCCAGGUGGCCUACAAACGGUUUACCGAUAUCGUCCCCCUCGCCAUUGACCACGAUCUCGUCCGGGGUCUUAACCGUGAUUUGUUGGAAGUGUUGUCGGAUAGACUGGGGAUCUACGGACCUGAGGGGCAGGGUUUGUGCGAGAGGCUGGCGCAGGAGAACCCGCAAAUUUCUGAGAAGAGAAAGGAAUUGGAGAAGAAGAUGGAGAGGCUGCGGAGUGCGAGUUAUGAGCUGUUGAACGUUAGAUUUUGAGGGCCACACUGAUACUUUGACUGGUGUCGCUAAUUUGUAUACUGUUUCGUAGUUCUGAUAGGAUAGGAUUUUGAUAUGUACCCAUGCAUGCAUUUUUUGUAGUUUAAACUGUUGAGAUAAGCGGUAAUUCUCCAGCCGCUCACCCGGAUAUAGCAGGGAACCCUCGCAAACAGGCGAGGGUCAUCGUCGUUCGUCUACCUAUUUAUCUACAUGCCGUGUACACUAAUAGAAGCAAUAUGAGGUAAUAAGGAAAGCCGAGGAGGA